AUGUCUCAAAAAAUCCAAGGCGGGUCUGUGGUAGAGAUGCAAGGAGAUGAAAUGACACGAAUCAUUUGGGAGUUGAUUAAAGAGAAACUCAUUUUUCCCUACGUGGAACUGGACCUGCACAGCUACGAUUUAGGCAUAGAGAAUCGCGAUGCCACCAAUGACCAGGUCAUCAAGGACGCUGCAGAAGCUAUAAAGAAGUACAACGUUGGUGUCAAAUGUGCCACCAUCACCCCCGAUGAGAAGAGAGUGGAGGAGUUCAAGUUGAAACAAAUGUGGAAAUCUCCAAAUGGCACCAUCCGAAAUAUCCUGGGUGGCACUGUCUUCAGGGAAGCUAUCAUCUGCAAAAAUAUACCCCGGCUUGUGAGCGGAUGGGUAAAACCCAUCAUCAUAGGUCGUCAUGCUUAUGGGGGUCAAUAUAGAGCAACCGAUUUUGUUGUGCCGGGGCCCGGAAAAGUAGAGAUAUCCUACACACCAAGUGAUGGAUCCCCCAAAACGGUAUACCUAGUACAUAACUUCACAGAGAGUGGUGGUGUUGCCAUGGGGAUGUACAAUCAAGAUAAGUCAAUCGAAGAUUUUGCACACAGUUCUUUCCAGAUGGCUUUGUCUAAGAAUUGGCCUUUGUAUCUGAGCACCAAAAACACUAUUCUGAAGAAGUACGAUGGACGUUUUAAAGACAUCUUUCAGGAGAUAUAUGACAAGCAGUACAAAUCUCAGUUUGAAGCUCAGAAUAUCUGGUAUGAGCACAGGCUCAUUGAUGACAUGGUGGCCCAAGCUAUGAAAUCGGAAGGCGGCUUCAUUUGGGCCUGUAAGAACUAUGAUGGGGACGUGCAGUCGGACUCCAUGGCCCAAGGUUACGGCUCUCUCGGCAUGAUGACCAGUGUGCUGGUUUGUCCAGAUGGCAAGACAGUAGAAGCAGAGGCUGCCCACGGCACCGUAACCUGUCACUACCGAAUGUACCAGAAAGGACAGGAGACAUCCACCAAUCCCAUUGCUUCCAUUUUUGCCUGGACCAGAGGCUUAACCCACAGAGCUAAGCUUGAUAACAAUAAAGAGCUUGGCUUUUUUGCAAAGGCUUUGGAAGAAGUCUGUAUUGAGACCAUUGAGGCGGGCUUCAUGACCAAGGACUUAGCUGCAUGUAUUAAAGGUUUACCCAACGUGCAACGUUCUGACUACUUGAAUACAUUUGAGUUCAUGGAUAAACUUGAAGAGAACCUACAGUUAAAACUAGCCCAGGCCAAACUUUAA